AUGGACUCACUCAAGCGCAGGAGCCGAAUCUUCCUGGAUCUUAGCGGGGAGCGAACAAAGGCGAGCAUGAAUUCAUCCUUCAAUACGGGUGAUUUAGAAGACUACGCAAAGUUCAAAAGGCUAUUCAACCAAACACGCUUUUUAGGGGAAGGGAGUGAUGGCACAGUCUACGCAUACCAACACAAACAUUCCAAAGCGCUUAUUGCAGUAAAGACACCAAUCGCGUACAACACUCCUUACUUAGUAGCUGAAGCAGCUAAGUUCAUCAAAGCAGAAGUCGAGAAUCUUACUAUCCUCGGUCAGCAUGAGCACAUCGCCGGAAUGCUAGCAUGGUCGCAUAACCAUCAUCCCGCGGCCCCAGCAAUCUUCCUUCCAUUCUGCGAGCUAGGAGAUCUUCGUUCAUACAUGGCUGCAUAUAAAGAUCAGCAACUCCAGCAAUCAAAGCAUGUCAUACGAACAUCGGAAGUCACCAUCUGGAAGUGUCUUCGCGACAUGGCCCUCGCUCUGGAUCACUUGCACAACAUGAACGACGAGUUUGGCUACGUCCAUAACGACGUCAAACCAGACAACAUUCUAGUCGAAUUCCCCAAAGGCUGGAAUCCAAAAGAUGGUAUCCCCGAUGAGCCGGUAUUCAGAUUGACCGACUUCGCUCGUAUGACACGAUAUCCUCUACUUGAAGGCGAGAAGCCCAAAAAAGACUGUCUCGGUACACCCGAGUACGCACCGCCAUUGACCGAACAAGAGAAGCACCGGCCGUCCGUUGAUAUCUGGGCUCUGGGUGCGACCUUACAAACGCUCGCUUUGAGAAUAAAUCCUGUCCAAUCGCGGCAGGCUUUCCUCGAAAGUCAGUUAAAGGCACACAAACUCGCGCCUAUCCUGAGUGACGACGGCGCUUGGAAACAAUUAAAGUGGCGUGUUCUCAGACCCACCGUUUACCGCCCGCUCGACGCUACACAAGAGGAACUAGUAAAUCACCACGACGUCCCCAUGUCCAUCUGGGCGAACGGUUUUCCCGAGUACAGGGCUUGGAAGCAUUGGCCAUAUACUAGAACACUCAACACCUGGUAUAAAAGCUUGUGGGAACGAGACGAGGAGAAAAGAACUACGGCAAAGCAGCUUGUCGAGUGGUGUGUUCCGUUAGUUGCGAGGUAUAUUCGUGUCGCGCGGCAUACGGAAAAGGCGGAAGAGCGCUUUGAGAAGGCGGCGAAGUCGAGAGACGAGGUUGAGGGGAAACAACAGAAUAGAGAGCUGAGAGCCGAGGCUCUGGAGCUUUUGGAUGCGCCUAGCUAUGAAGGUAAUGGGUAUGGUGAUCUCUGA